AUGCCAAACAAUCAGGCGGAGAAGGGUUCAAGAGACAUCAAGCAGGUUCAUCGCAGCGGCAAAAGGGUUCUACUGGGACCUCGUGGGACCAGGACUUUAAAACCAGUCCCUGAGUCCUGGAUCCCAGCUCUUGGAGUCCAGCGAGAGAACGAGAGGCUGGUCCCAGACGAGAACGGGCAACUCAUCCCAGGUGUGGAGCUGCCAGCUCACCGCUGUUGCCCCUGGGACCGUAGCUGCUGGGCAGCAUACACCUCUGGAGCUGAUCGGGAGACCAAAUGUGAAAAACUGGCAACUCCGUAA